GACCAACGGUCUCCGCGCCCAAUCGCGGCGCGUAAACUGAAUGUGUUGUUGUUAGCAACUAGCGGUUAGCCUUCAGCUAAUUUUAGCUAACCGGUAAGCUAGCAGAUUUAUGAUUUUCUCUCGGUUAUCUCAAGAAAAAGUUUAAGUUGAGUUAAGCGACAGUCAUACACGUCGCAGGAACAAGUCUUAUCUAGUGUGUGCCUUCAACACAAACAAAAAUGACUUCUGUACUGUUGGAUCCAACACUAGAGAGACAUUUUAAAGGUCAUCGGCACACUGUGACAAGUGUGGACUUCAACUGCAACAUGAAACAGAUUGCUACAGGCUCUGUGGACUCUUGUGUGAUGAUCUGGAACAUGAAGCCUCAGAUGCGAGCGUAUCGCUUUGAUGGGCACAAAGAAGCUGUGACUUCCGUUCAGUUUUCUCCAUCUGGCCACCUGGUGGCCUCCACCUCUAGAGACAAAACAGUACGCCUUUGGGUGCCCAGCAUGAAGGCAGAGUCAACAGUAUUCAGAGCUCACACCGCCACCGUGCGCUGUGUUAACUUCUCUGGUGAUGGACAGACUCUGGUGACAGCCUCUGAUGACAAGACCAUCAAACUGUGGACGGUCCAUAGGCAGAAGUUCCUCUUCAAUCUCUGCCAACACAUGAACUGGGUCCGCUGUGCUAAGUUUUCUCCAGAUGAUCGUUUGAUUGUAUCGUCCAGUGAUGAUAAAACCAUAAAACUGUGGGACAAGAACAGCAGAGAAUGCAUUCAUUCUUUUUCUGAACAUGCUGGUUAUGCAAACUAUGUAGACUUUCAUCCCAGUGGGACAUGCAUUGCCGCAGCAAGUACUGAUCACUCUGUUAAGGUCUGGGACAUCCGAUCCCACAAGAUGCUUCAGCAUUAUCCAGUCCACAGUGGUGCUGUGAACAGUUUGUCUUUCCAUCCUGCUGGUAAUUUCCUAAUCACUGCGUCCAGCGAUUCCACAAUGAAAAUACUGGACCUGGUGGAGGGAAAGCUGUUGUAUACACUGCAUGGACAUCAGGGUCCAGUCACAUGUGUGGCCUUCUCUAAAACAGGGGAUUACUUUUCAUCUGGAGGUUCUGAUGAACAGGUGCUGGUGUGGAAGAGCAACUUUGAUGAAUGCAGUGAAAGCAGUAAUGGUGUCAAAUCGCACCAUAAAAGUGCAGCGAGUUCACAGACUCGACCAGCCACUUCCACAGCUCAUCUCCAUGUUAACUCUGAUCCACCUGUCCUCAACAGCCAGACCUCUGAAAGAUCAGAGCAACUUAACAGACAAGGCUCUCAAGCUACCGCCCGCACUCAUAGUUUCAGCCGUAAUGGCAGCCAAAGCAGAGGGACUCAUUCCUAUGCCCACAGAGACGCUACCAUCAGUUCACCCUCCACCCAGCAGACUCAGGGUUUACAUCGACCUGCACACCAGGAUAAAGGGCUGUCCACGUCUUCAGAGGGAAGGAUCCCCUCCAGUUUAGCCAACACCCUAGAGCACAUUAUAGGUCAAUUGGACGUUCUCACUCAGACUGUUUCAAUCCUCGAGCAGCGGCUGACACUGAUGGAGGACAAGCUCAAGGAGUGUUUGGAGAACCAAAUGGAGAUCGGACUGCAUCUCCAAAAUCGAGACGAAGCCUAGAAAUGGAGAAAGAAGUUGAGCAACAAGUCUGGGAAGAAGAUGGCCACAUCAACACUGUUGAUAAAAAAAGAAAAGCGGAUGCGGUAACAGCAAUGAAUGUAUGCUUACAAAUGCAGUCACACAAGCACAAGAACAAAACGAAUGCAUUCUGAGCUUUCCUGCUGAUGCACUGGUUAUUUCACACACAGAUAUCAGAGGUGAAAGAGUUGAAUAUUAGAGAAGUUCCUCCACAGUGUUGCUGAGUGUGCAGUCUGUUUUCUGCUGACAAAGGACUUGUCACUGUGUAUAUGUGCAUAUAUAUAUAGGUGUGUGUGUGUAUGUGUGUGUGUGUGCGCGUGCAUGGAGAACGGUUGCCUCUAGUAGCGUUAACCGAUACGAGCGCCUUAAGCAUUUGCAUCUCAUUUUUCCAAGCGAAGAAUGAGAUUAAAUGCUCUUUAAUACCAAAACUUCACUCACAACUAGCAUACACCUGUACAAAGAAUGAAGCCAUUAUACCAGCUUAGUAAAUCAACAAACAUGGCAACAAUUACAGAGCCGGUGCCUUUUUUAUAAGUCUGUUAAUCAAUUAAAUUUUUCUUACAGUCAUAAAAACCCAAGAUAUUUUCUUUGUAUAUUUUGAGGCCCUAAUGUAUUUUUAAGAAGACCCUUUUAUACUUUUGUUUACAUUUUAACUUUCUUGCUGGUUAACUGUGAGUUUUUGGCUUAAGCACUACAGGCAAGGACAGAAAAGUCCUAAAAAAUGAAGGAACUUGUUUCUUUUCAAAGUAAUUGUUGACAGAAAACUUUAAAACCACAUCAUAGUCAGGCUGUUCCUCCAUUCUGAUUUUAUUUUAUUGUAUUGUUUUUCAUUCUCUGCCUAAACCUUUUAUUCUCUGAAGUUGUUGUUUUUGUUCCCACUAUAAAUAAAUGUUUUAAACUUGCAACCUUCAUUAGGAGGUCCUGGGGCUCUGUUUCAUAACAGUGAGUGCUGAGUGAAAGAAAAUGUGUCUUCUGAACCAUUCCCGAAUUAAUGAAGUCAUGAGUUACUGUGGUCCUCUGAGCUCCAAUGGUUACCGGAUCAAGGAUGACUUUCGCGCUUUAAUUGUCCCUAGAAGAGAUGUUAAGGUGAUGAGCUAGGAGCUGUGUCAUCAGAUGAUCCCAGCGAGUAAUUUUCCAACCCUUGUUUUGCCAGAAUCUGUGUAAUGUGUUGUUGUUGUUGUUGUUUUUUUACAAAAGCACGGGUGGAAGUGAAACAUCCAUGGUCUGCUUGUGUCCAAAAAUCCUUAUUUUUCAGACCCAGAGAAAUUUAAGUAACCCGAGCACUGAUGCUAGAUCGGUACUUUUUAUUUUUAGAAGCUUCGAUGUUUAUACAGUAACAGUGACUUCUUAGGGAACACACUGAGCUAAGCUAGAACUAUUCAUCUCAUUUUCAAUUCUUUUUUUAUUUAAUUUUCUCUCUGAGCGCUGGUAAUAUAAUUAUAUAUGUAGCAGGCUGGUGAGUCAGACUGAGUACCGGGGCAGGGGGCUGAGUUGUUCAGAGAGAACUGUGCAGCCAGCAACGUGGAGACUAUAUUACCAACUGUUUCUUUAAGACCCGACGCUGCCUCUGCACUGAUGGAAAAAGAAGAAAACAAAACCAGAAUUCUGGAGUUGUGCUGCCGGGCCCACUCUUUUCCUUCCUGUCUGGGGCCCGUGGACUCUCUCUCUCUCACACACACACACACACACACACACUCAAGCCAGAGAAAACAGCUCCCUUUGCUGUGGGCCUCAACCAGACGCCUGCCAGGAGCUACGGCUGAAGGGGGCUGAAAGAGAAAGCUCAAUAACUUGUGUGUGUGUGUGUGUGUGUGUGUGUGUUUGAACCCUUUGAUAUGACUUUCUCUGUGAGGACCAGGAUUCAGUUUAGAACAUGGGGGUGAAGGGAUAAUAAGUAACGUGUUUCUUCUAACUGAAGCUCAACACCUGUGAUCGACCCGCACAUGUCCAGGGUGGACCCGCCUCUCGCUGCAGAUCGGCACCAUCACCCCUGACGGACGGACUCCGAGUGAAACAUGGGGACAGUGGUUGUAUAUAGUACCUUCUCAUCCGGUCCCCAAUGCAUCUUAUGAAGGAGAUGUGGAAAAGCACUUACAGUAAUGCAGAAACCCCAGUCUAUCAAACCAUUUCCUGCUCCAUCCGACCAUCACUCAUAAACAAGACAGAACCCCAACUCGGCGAGAACAGUCCACCUUUUUCUACUUGAGAAGCAUGGCAUCAGACCUUUUGAGAACCUCAUUCUUUUCAUAUUUCGUAGUUUCUCUUUAAAAACUGGUGGUUGUCAUUGUUCUGCAUACAAAAUUAGCAGAAAGACAUUCGAGAAGUCUUAAAACGUCCAGACAUUCAAGUCAAAUAUGAAACUCAAAAAUAGAUGUUUUUCGUGACUGUUGAAUGUUUUACUUUGUUUAUUUUAUAGCUGUACUUUGUUACAGUCUCAUAAAUUAUAAUGUGAAUGCAUAAUGAACAGAGCAGCAGAAAAGAAGACAUUGAAUAUGUGCGAGUUGUUCAUUGUUGUGACACUUAUUGCCACCAGUCAUAAACAUUCAGCUCAUAACAGCAGCCAUGCAGUCUAAAUGAACGUGUCCCUCAUCCAGUCGAGAGCCAGGACUCUUUUCAUGGCUUCUUUUUCAGGCUCCUUUUGCUCUUAAUUCUCACAUCGUACACAUCGGUGUCUAUUUGUUGUCAGACUAAAUUUAAAAUUAGGUUAACUCAAACCCAAAGUUGCUGACAAUCUAAUAUUUCAAAAGGUUUAAAAUUACUCCAGUAAAUGUGUUGAUGGGCUGUUCCACAACAUUCCUUGGUCGGGGAUGAGCUGCGCUGAAGCAUAGAGAAGAAAAGUGAAAGAGACACAGGUAGAACGGAUCGUUAAAGUGUGAUCUGGCCACCUCUGACCAUCUGUCUCCAUGGCCCUGCCUUUAACUUUCACGGUGAUAUAAUGAAGUGAGGUUUGUGUGCCGGAGCGUGAAAGAGAGAAAGAUGGGGAGGUGAGGACUGAGUUAACAUAAAUGAGUCACCUCUGUGGUUUUACAACCCUGUCUGUGUAGGUACAGUGUGUUUGUUCUGCAUGGUGAUUAGAUACGGUAGGCAGGGUUAUGGGUUCUGUAUACAAAAGAUUUUAAUGUCCAUUGAAGAGAGCCAUCGUUGUGUUUGUCAUGUUGGUGCUGUGAUUGAUUAAUUAACCAUUCUUGCAAAUAAAUGUGUUUAUUUUUUGGAGAGAUAAUCCAAUCUGAGAGCAGCAGUCAUUUUUAUGGUGAAUUUUCUCCGUUAACUCUUCUGUUGACAGAUUGGUUCAUACAUCUCAUUCAAAAACAGCUUGAGGCCUGUGGAUGUGUUCUUACCCGAGAUGUUUUUGUUUCACUAUUGCUGUUCUAUGUUCUGAUCUCCAACUUUAUGUAAAAUCACUAAACUAUGUUUAAAUACUUCAAAUUAUUCUCCAUCAAAUGUAGAAUAAAAUAAACAUAAAAACCUAA